AGAGGUGCUCAUGCUAUAUCUUCUCUUUUUAGAUAUUCUAUGGAAUAUUGUUGCAAUAUUUUGCUGUUUUGGCAAAUAAGAAACCACUGAAUGUCGAGUUACUCAAUCUGCUGGUGAAACCAUUGAUAGAGAUGAGUACGGAAAUCCCAUACUUUGCUGCAAUAUGUGCUCGCCGCAGAAUUGAAAGUACUAGAAAGCAAUUCAUUGAGAGUAUCAAGAAAUCAGAAAGUAGCUCUUGGCCUUCUUCAAAAACAUUGUGCCUCCUGCGUUUGUGGUCCAUGAUAUUUCCAUGCUCUGACUUUAGGCAUCCAGUUAUGACCCCCGUGGUAUUGUUGAUGUGUGAAUAUCUGAUGCGUUGCCCAAUUGUAUCUGGUCGGGAUAUUGCCAUUGGCUCUUUCUUAUGUUCUAUGCUUCUCUCAGUAUUUAGACAUUCUAGAAAAUUCUGUCCGGAAGCAAUAAUGUUUCUUCGAACUUCACUGCUGGCAGCUACUGAAAGUAAACAUAUUUCAGAAGAAGAUUCCCAGUUAUAUCAUCUUAUGGAACUGAAAGCACUCAAGCCUCUCCUGUGCAUACAUGAGACAGUGAAUGCGAUUAGCACUCUGAAUUUCUUCAAGAUUAUAGACAUGCCAGAAGACUCCUCUCUCUUCAGUGAAGUUGAUUUCAGGGCCAGUGUGUUAGUUACAGUGGUUGAAACUUUACAGGGAUAUGUUGACAUCUAUAAAGGCCUAAGUUCAUUUCCUGAAAUAUUCUUACCAAUUUUGAGAAUAUUAAAUGAGAUAGAAGAACAGAAAAAUAUGCCAAAUGCAUUACGAGAUAAAAUAAAAAAUGUGGCUGAGAUUAUUAAGUUGAAAGUGGAUGAGCUUCACUCUUCGAGACGACCACUUCAAAUGCGGAAACAAAAGCCAGUAUCGAUCAAACUACUGAAUCCUAAGUUUGAGGAAAACUAUGUCAAGGGUAGAGAUUAUGAUCCUGACCGGGAACGAGCAGAAAUGAGAAAAUUGAAGAAGCAGUUGAAGCGUGAAGCUAAGGGGGCUGCACGAGAAUUGCGUAAAGACAACUACUUCCUGCUUGAGGUGAAGGAAAAAGAGAAGUCUUUACAGGAAAAAGAUAGAGCAGAGAAGUAUGGAAGAGCUAAAGCUUUCCUUCAAGAGCAAGAACAUGCCUUCAAAUCAGGACAGCUUGGUAAAGGGAGGAAAAGAAGGAGAUAAAAGCUUGCAUAUUUUCCCACAUUCACUGUGUUAAAGGGCUUUACCUUCGUAUUAAUCAGCUCAAGGAGUGGUUUUCUACUGCCUAGCUUCUAGAGUGGAUAAAUGAUGAACAAGCUUGGAAGAAUAUUUAUGGGGUGGUUAGAGAAUAAGCUAGGCCUUACUUUCCCCACUCAAUAUUGAAAGUUGAAGCAAAUAGUAAUGAUAAGAAAGGGUAUAAAGAGCUGAGAUCAUUCAUUUGACAAUACUCUUGCCUUCCCAACUUCAUCUCCUGGGAAAGUGUUACUCAUGACUCAUGUAUUCAAGUUUUGGGAUUAGGAGGUGCAACUUCAUGUAAGUUCUCUGUAAACAAUAUCAGCCGCCACAUGGGUUGAACUAAGUUAAAAAUUUUGCAAAUGAAUUUUCAAUCUAAUUUGUACUCUAUUUUCUUUCUACAAUUAUAUGGAUUCUUCUAUCACUCAUGAUGUAAGGAUUUUUGUUAGUAAGCCAUUUUUUAGGACUUCCACAAGUGUGGAGUUUUGAGGCAUAUGUGGAUCAUGACGACAACAAUUCUUGAAAAUUGAUUUUUUCCUGUAUUUAAUUGAAAAAUACGUUUGGUAGUGUAACAUUUCUUGGUUUA